UUGUUCUGAGUUGAGUGGAUCGUUUAUUAGUCGUUCUUUUUGUUCUUCUUAUUUUUGUGGGAGAAUAAAUUUUUGAGCUUUAGUGGUAGUACUAGUAAUUAUUAUGUUAAUGGUAAGUGGGUUUUGCUAAAGAUUCAGAUUCCGAUCCGGAACCCAUUUUCUGUUUCAUCCAUGGCACUGGUUUUUAGUGAGUGAUUGGAGGGCUGUAAAAAAUGUAUUUUUUUUAAAAAAAAAUCAAAACUUGGUUACUCCUCAAGCUUAAUUUUUACUCAAUUUUUUGGUUUCUUUUUUCCCCACUUUGUGUUUGUGGGGGUAUUUGGGGAUGGGGGAUGUUGUUGACAUCAGGUGUGUUGAGAAACUGAGCUGUUUGGUUACGUCAGAAAGAUGUGAAUGUGAUGGGUACACUUUGUUAAAUGCGGCUGCGCUGGAGCCAUGGAUGCAGUAGUUCCAUUUGUAGUAUUGAUUUGAUGUAAGGUUCUGCAUCAAACACGUUUGGGUUGAAAAUGUAUUUUUAAUUUUUUUCUUUUUUCCUUUUGGGAAUCUAGGGAGCUAGCUGCUUAUAGAGAAUACUUGGUUUUAAUAUGUGGAUGUUUGGUUCUUUUCAUCACAUUUUACUUUGUUGGGUUAAUGGCUAUGUUGUUUUUAUCAUCUGUCAUGUUGAGAAUAUUGAGUUUAAAAUGUGUAAAUUUAAGUGCUACUGUGGGUGCCCGAGGGCCGUAGGAUUCUGAUGCUCCCACAUAGGUGUAGUAUGAUUGUUUGCUCAUGGAAUUAUUCUCGAAGUUUUCUAAAAAACUUUAUUCUUUUUUUAUGGGUUCUCUUCUCAAGUUUCGCUGUGGUUUUUUCACGUAUUGGAUUCAUGCUUUCCAACUUUCAAAACCUUUUGCUUUUUCUCCCAUCAUGUUGCUCCAAGGAGGCAAAUGAUGUUUUCACUAUAUAUAGUCAUGUUCGAAAUUGUUCCUAUUAAUGAGAGAACAACUUUUAGUACUUCUUUGAUAUGAAACUCUUUAGCACCGUUGUUAUAGACUAGUAGGUGUUUAUUAAAUUCAAAACAGCGGUUAUUGAAGUCGCUACGUUUGUCAGAAAUAUGAAAGAAUUUUUGAAGGAAAUCAGCUUAGAAAAUCCGAAGUUAAAUGCCAGAGUCUGGUAGCUGAGUAGAGAAUUUUGUGAUUAGCUUGGUAAAGCUUUCUUUUGUGUUUUUUCAGGCUGAGCCUUCUCCAACUACAGGAACCUUUUUGUUGCCCCAACUGAUGCAAGGCUCUAAUGAGGCUCCAGGAUUCUUACUGACUGCAAAUCAACAUAAUAACCAUAGGAUUAGUGAAUCAAGUUCCAGCAACUUUGAGUUUCAGUUCCACCCUGGUUCUAGUGCUGCGUCAGCACCAAAACUAACAGGAAUUGGGGUAAUCUUUUGUCCCUUCAACUCUAUAAAUGUUUUUAUUUAUCUAUCAACAAGGGGUUUUAAAUGAUUUUCUUUUGUUUUCUUUCAUUGCGUAUGUACCAUGUAGUUGAACGCUGAUCUUCUAAAGAUUAGGCAUUCUUGUUCAUCUACGUCCUAUUCUGGGAAUUUACCAAUGAGAAUAAAUAAAAAGUUGAUUUAGACAACUCCUGUGGCUAUGGCCUUAAUGUAUUUUAGAAUGUCUUUUCCCAUUUUUGAGGCAUCUCAUGAAUCCUGGUGUGGAAUUGAAAGAGAAGUUUCAGUUUAUGUUAAAGUUCUAAUUGUAAUUGCAUGGGAUUUAUAGUGGACUGGUUUGCUACUCAGUCUUUCAAUGUGAUAAUAUCUCCUGACUUUAAAAAAGUCGUCAAGUUUAUGACAUCAAAUUAUCAAUGAAUGGAUCAUUUAACUUUAAGAGAAGUGAAUUACUUUGCUUCGCCAGAGUACUGGAAUUCUGACAUUUUAUGAAAAUAUUCUGUAAGGUUUCAUCUGGUUUAAACCAUCAUAGACAAGUUUUGGAUUCAUUCCGUCCUCAGUCAUUGGCAUCUUUGGUUAAAUCGGAGGUAAUGAUGCCACAAGACUUGAGCUUUUCCACAACUGCCCCGACACAGCCAUCGUCAGUGAGCACUACUGCUACUGCUGAUUCAGAUGCAUUAAGUCAGAAAAGCCAUCCUACUGCCAAUAAUCAGGUGUCAAGUUCUGAUCACAAAGAUGCAACAUCUUCCACGGUGAGCGACAGAUCAUCCGAAGAUGGAUAUAACUGGCGAAAAUAUGGGCAAAAACUUGUUAAAGGAAGUGAAUUUCCUCGAAGCUAUUAUAAAUGUACAUAUCCUAACUGUGAGGUAAAAAAGAUAUUUGAACGUGCACCAGAUGGGCAAAUAACAGAGAUUGUCUAUAAGGGUUCACAUGAUCAUCCUAAGCCCCAACCAAGCCGUCGGUUUGCUCCUGGUACUCUUGUUUCCAUCCAAGAAGAGAAAUUUGACAAAGAUUUGGCUAUAACUGGUCAAGAAGACAAGCCGAAUAUCCAUUUCCAGCAUGGUAGUGCAGAGCCAAAUGGCACUCCGGUCCCUUCUCCUCAACAAGAAAAUGAUGAUGGUUUGGAUGGCACAAUGUCGCAGUUGCAGUGUGUUAAUGAUGAUAUUGAGGAAGAGGAUCCUUUUUCAAAGAGAAGGAGAUUAGAUGGUACACUAGAGGUUACACCUGUGGUUAAGCCUAUCCGUGAGCCGCGGGUGGUUGUCCAAACAGUAAGUGAAGUGGAUAUACUGGAUGAUGGAUAUCGAUGGCGUAAAUACGGGCAGAAAGUGGUUCGAGGAAAUCCUAAUCCCAGGAGUUACUACAAGUGCACACAAGCAGGCUGUCCAGUAAGAAAACAUGUUGAAAGAGCAUCCCAUGAUCCAAAAGCCGUUAUUACCACAUAUGAAGGAAAACAUAAUCAUGACGUGCCAACUGCAAGGACAAGUAGCCAUGACAUGGCAGGACCAGCAACAACAAUGAGUGGAAUGUCGCGAAUGAGACCAGAAGAGAACAACCCAAUAAGCCUUGACCUCGGGGUAGGUAGGAGCUAUGGUUCUGAGCACCAUGGAUCCGACAGUCAGCUACAAAUGCUGAAUUCUGAACAUGCUCAAAGCCGUAUCCACCAUAACCCUUCCACUCGGAUGGUUGCUCAAUCGCCAGCAUUACCCGCAUGUUACGGCGUUGUAAAUGGCAGUAUAAACUUAUACGGAUCAAGGGAAAAUUUGGUUGAUAAUAAUGGCUUUGAGAAUGCAGGUUUACAGGCUCCAAACCAACAUCCACAAAAUAUUGGGAGAAUACUUUUGGGACCAUGAAAUGUUUCUGACAACAAAUAACAGAAACAAAUAAUCCCUCCAUCUGUGUUUUCUGAUGGUUGGUGGGGGUGAAUGAUGAAAAGGCUUUAGGGCUGUGUCUGAUACAUUGAGUUGUGAGUGCUUCUGCAGUCUUAUUUUUAAAAAAAGCUGCUCAUGUUGUAAGAUAAUGGUCACUCUGUAAAAAUAGGAUACAGAAAGCUUUUUAACUUGAUGAUGAUGAUGAAGUUGAAAAGUUCCCGAUUGUAAAAGUGCUCAGUUCUUUAGGUAUCUUUACAGCAAAUUACCUGUCUCCCUGCUACGUUAGUAAUUUUUUUUUUUUUUUUUAUUUUUAUAAUUGUAAAAGUUCUCAAGUUAUAUAAGUUUCCAAUCUGCUCAAUUUAGGAAUUCAUAUUUCUCUCUGCUCCAUCGAUAUUUGUAGUUGAAGUUUCCGAUAACCAGACAAAGAUCGGACAAAGAUCUUUAUUGUCAGGCUAGACUUGCAGAAAGAUAUGAGAAAUCUCUGAAAAUACAAAGG